AUGGCAUAUGCAUUGAUAUUCCUAUACAUCACUUCAAUCACAUGUAAUAAUCUUGCACAUUCCAUGCUAAAUCUAAUCAACAACUAUAGAAGUGACCAAGGGCUGAAGCAUCUAAAGUCGAUCCAGAAUUUGGAAAAUGCAGCACGUGAUCAAGCACUUUAUAUGUGUGAGAAUUCAAGCCUUACUCACACCAACCCAGGUGGUGACUUAGAGGAGAGAGCAAAGAAAAAUGGAUUCAAAGGAUCUUCCAUCGGUGAAAACAUUGCUAAAAAUCACAGUGACAACUAUGAGGAUGUUGCCAAAAUGUGGAUGAAAAGCGACAAGCAUAGAAAGAAUAUUAUGGGUGGCUUCAACUACACAGGUGUAGCAACCUGUCUGGACAAAAAAGGAAGUAGAUUUUGGGUACAGGUAUUUGGCAAGGACAUAGAUGAGCGGGGAGAGAACGAACCUGAGAGUAGCGUAAGCUUAGAUGAUAAGUCUGAACCCAAUCAGUACAAUUCAGUAGACGAGCUAAUAGAGCCCGAUUUAAUGAACAGAAAACUGCCCAAUAGGGCUUUUGCUAAUAGUCUUCCAUAUGAAACGAAUAGUUUCUGUUUCAAAAUCGAUGAAUGCAUGCAGGUUCCAUCAGCUCAAAGCACAAGCAAACCUGUUUACAGUGCAUCCCCUCAAAAAAUUACAAGGCUAAGCAUUAGAACAUCGUUUGUCCCAAUAUCCUCAUUAGCAUACUCAACUGUCUUCAGGACCUUGAACCAUCCUGCUUCGGUCUUGACUGUAACCAAAACAGCUAGUAUGGAUGGUCCAGCAUUUACUUCCACUCAGACCAUUGUUGUCGUAACUGCAUCCCCAGUUGACAGAACCAUAUCGUCGACAGUGACGGUUACAAAAACCAUCACCACUUCAGAUGCUAGUACGAGCACAAAGAGCCAGCAACGCACCUCAAGCACCACUGCAGAGCCAGAAAAUACAGUGACAAUCACCAAAACAAUAAGCUCACCAGCAACCAACACUGUUCAGCUCGAAAGAACAGUCACGGUUACUGCUACUGCAUCGAAAGCGCCCGAGAGGAAAUCCAAAUCUGCCAGACCCAACAUCCGCAAACUAGACACAGUUAGGCCUAAGCUGAUACAGCUGGUGCCCGAGAGGGAGGAUGACUAUGGGGCCUUGCCAUUAUCAAAUGAAAUAUUUGAUCCCUCAGAUAGUGAUCAAAUUCCAGAAAGAGCCAUGAAAAGGCGAUCUAGCGGUAGUUCGAAUAGAAAGCAUGUACCAUAUUACGACUCCAAAAGCAAUAAAAGCGGUGGAAAUAAGAAUAUUGAGCAUAGAUUAAGGAGGCUGUUACAAGGCAUGGGAUUACAAGAGGAACCUGGAUUAAGAAACGACAUAAAUAGAGAAUUUUUAAACGAUAGUAACUGCGGCACUCCGGAUAAUCCCUGUGUCAAGGCAUACAUUCUCAGGGAAUAG